AUGGUGAAGAGGACAUUUCUUGCCGAGGAUGAGCGGAGGCCGGGGUGCACACAUGUUCUGCUAAUGACCACAGGCAGCGUGGCAUCCAUCAAAGCCCCCCUGAUAGUGUCUGAGUUGUUGUCCUAUAGGGCAGUGAAAGUCGAGGUCGUAUCGACCAAGCCUUCCCUUGCAUUCUUCGACGUCGGCGCCGUGGAGAGAGCAGGCGCUCGAGUGUGGCGAGACGAAGAUGAAUGGACAGAAGAUGGAGCGUUUCGCAUCGGCGACCCCAUUCUGCACAUUGAGUUGCGGAGGUGGGCCGACAUCGUCAUUAUUGCGCCUUGCUCAGCAAAUACACUCGCAAAGAUUGCGAGUGGUAUAUGCGAUAAUCUAGCGACUUCACUGCUGCGCGCUCUGGCACCUACCACAUCGACAUACGUUUUUCCCGCCAUGAACACCCUGAUGUAUGAACAUCCUCUUACAAGCGAGCACAUUCGCGUCGUACGUGAGGUCAUUGGAUACAACGUAGUCGGUCCAAUCGGGAAGACCCUCGCCUGCGGUGACAUUGGCUUAGGAGCCAUGACCGAGUGGAAAGAUGUCGUCCAAGUCGUAGUCGACAAGUUCGGUCUCGUGAGGAAGAAUACAGCAUAA